AUGGCCACACGCAUCCCCCAUCUCCUGGAGCCGUACCUCUGCCUCCCGCCAGAAUCUUCUCUGACGCUGCUCACGGGCGUCCUGGGCGCCUCGACAAACUGGCUGGUCCUGCGGUACCUCUACUCGUUGCUCGCAAAUACACCACACACCAACCUGCACAGUCAUGGGCCCUCAUCAUCAUCAGACCCCACAGGGUCCGGCACGGAGCCUGUCAGAGUGGUUUUCCUGAGCUUCCUGCGUGACUACGCGUUCUGGAAGGACAAUGCCGCGAGGCUGGGCAUAGACCUCGACAGCGCCUCCGCCAAGGCCAGGUUCGUCUACGUCGACGGCCUGACGAACUUGUUCUCGGGUGGUGAUGGUGGUGCGGCUGCUGCUGCUGCUGCUUCAAGCUCCUUGUCAGCACCGCUAGGAAGAAUCUCGGGCUCAGGGUCUGCCCGACUGACGCUGAACGAGCCGACAGCUGCGGCGUUGAGAGAUGUCCUGGAACUCGCGGUGGGGCAAAGGCCGCAGCCCACAACCUCGCGGCCGGCUGCCGGUGGUGGUGAUGGCGGCGGUGAUGCUGUGGCAGGACCUGCACAAGUCAAGACGGUCCUGGUGGUUGAUCAGAUGGAUCUGCUUGUUGCGGCGUCCGGGGACGCGAGUUUGCAGAGUGGCUUGGCAGACGCCCUUCUGGAUAUUCGCGAGAAGGUAUAUUCCACCAUCAUCACUCUUUCGGCCGACGAACCGCUCAUCCAGGCCCAGAACACGCCCCUGGAGAAGAGGCACGCUUCCCUCGUAUUGUCUACAGCCCACACCGCCGAUCUCGUCAUCAGCGUCCGGCUGCUCGACACCGGUUCAGCUAGGGAUGUCAGUGGCGUGCUGAGGGUCACGGCAGGUGGCAGCGGAGGCGGAGAUGCUGGGGAACCGGAACCAGAUGAGCGGGAGUUGUUGUAUCAUAUUGGAGGGGAUGGGGCGGCGCGGGUGUUUGAGCGUGGGCAGUAG